AUGGAAGAACAGCAGCCGGAACCUAAAAGUCAGCGCGACGCGGGCCUCGGCGCGGCGGCGGUGGCGGCGGCCCCGGGCAGCCUGAGCCUGAGCCUCAGCCCUGGCGCCAGCGGCAGCAGCGGCAGCGAUGGAGACAGCGUGCCGGUAUCCCCGCAGCCCGCGCCCCCCUCGCCGCCCACGGCGCCCUGCUUGCCGCCCCUGGCCCACCACCCGCACCUCCCCUCGCACCCCCCGCCCCCGCCGCCGCCGCUGCCGCCACCGCCGCAUCUCGUGGCGCCUGCUCACCAGCCGCAACCCGCGGCCCAGCUGCACCGCACCACCAACUUUUUCAUCGACAACAUCCUGAGGCCGGACUUCGGCUGCAAAAAGGAGCAGUCGCCGCAGCAGCUCCUGGUGGCGGCGGCGGCCGGAGGAGGCGCAGGAGGAGGCCGGGUUGAGCGGGACAGAGGCCAGACCGGCUCAGGUAGAGACCCUGUCCACCCGCUGGGCACGCGGGCACCAGGCGCCGCCUCGCUCCUCUGUUCCCCGGACGCAAACUGUGGCCCACCCGACGGCUCCCCGCCAGUCGCUGCCGGAGGCGCGGGUGCGUCCAAAGCUGGGAACCCAGCAGCCGCGGCGGCGGCGGCGGCUGCAGCGGCCGUGGCAGCGGCGGCGGCAGCGGCAGCAGCAACAGCCAAGCCUUCAGACAGCGGCGGCGGCAGUGGAGGCGGCGUGGGGAGCCCCGGUGCGCAGGGUGCCAAGUAUCCGGAGCACGGCAACCCAGCUAUCCUGCUUAUGGGCGCAGCCAACGGUGGGCCGGUGGUCAAAACUGACUCGCAGCAGCCUCUCGUGUGGCCCGCUUGGGUCUACUGCACACGCUACUCCGAUCGUCCAUCCUCCGGUCCGCGCACUAGGAAGCUGAAGAAGAAGAAGAACGAGAAGGAGGACAAGCGGCCUCGGACGGCGUUCACCGCCGAGCAGCUGCAGAGACUCAAGGCGGAGUUCCAGGCGAACCGCUACAUCACGGAGCAGCGGCGGCAGACCCUGGCCCAGGAGCUCAGUCUCAACGAGUCCCAGAUCAAGAUCUGGUUCCAGAACAAGCGCGCCAAGAUCAAGAAAGCCACCGGCAUCAAGAACGGCCUGGCACUGCACCUCAUGGCGCAGGGACUGUACAACCACUCCACCACCACGGUCCAGGACAAAGACGAGAGCGAGUAGCCGCCCAGGCUGGGGCCGCGCGGGCCGCCCUUGCGCCCGCGCCCGCCGGGCACCGCCGAGGCCGCCUCACCAGCCCCGCUCCCGGGAGAAAGAAUCUGCGCGAAAGAGAGAGGGAGCAACAGGGGAAAGAGAGAGGGCUCCCCAGAAUGGAGAGUCACGCUCGAAUGCAGCAUUUUUAAAAAGGAAGAGAGACUCGGACAGGUGCUAUCGAAAAAUAAGAUCUAUUCUCUAUAAACAGUAUAAGGGACGUAAUUGCAAACUCCUUAAAGCUCUAUCUAGCCAAACCGCUUACGACCUUGUAUAUAUUUAAUUUCAGGUAAGGAAAAGAAAGAUGUGUAGCGAUCUCUAUUUGCUGGACUUUUUAUUAAUCUCCUUUAUUAUUAUUGUUAUAAUUAUUAUAAUAAUUAUUAUUUUAUCCCCCCA